GGCCAUGUGAGCACUAAAUGGGCAGGGACUUCCCAGAAAUGAAAGUGGAAGUAAAGAGCCUGCAGGCAGAACGUUUUGAAGCGCAUUUCAGGCUCUGUGAGGGGAGAUAAGUCUCAGAAGGUGGAAGCAAGAGUUCUGUUGGGUGGAUUCUGCCACUUUGUUUCCAGCUCUGAAGCCUCUGCUAUUGCCAACCAGAUCCCAGACCCAUGUCAGUGACUCCAGAUCCCGCAUGCUUCAGGAGGGGGGACCUAUUACACAACCUUCAGGAGGAGCAGGCCAGACUAAAGAUGAGGCUGCAGGAACUGCAGCAGCUGAAAAGGGAGCUCAGGAACUCCCCCCAAGACAAGGUCCCAUUCCCAGUGCCUGAAGUCCCCCUGGUGUUCCGAGGACACAUUCAGGAGGGGAUGGAAGUGCCCAAGUCUUUGGUUUCCAACCUGCAGAUCUGCUACCCUAUGCCUGGAGGCUCUGCUCUGGUCAUCUUUGAUGACCCCAAGGUGGCCAAGCAGGUGCUACGACAAAAGGAGCAUCAGAUUGAGCUGGAAGAGUGUCGGCUGCGGGUGCAGGUCCAGCCCGUGGAGCUACCCGUGGUGACAACCAUCCAGGUGUCCAGCCAGAUGAGUAGCCAGAGAGUGCUGGUCAGUGGGUUACCUGCUAAGCUCAAGCUGAGUGAGGAGGAGCUGCUGGACAAGCUGGAGCUCUUCUUUUGCAAGACCAAGAACGGGGGUGGAGAUGUGGAGACUCGGGAACUGCUGCAUGGGGGUGUCAUGCUGGGCUUUGCCAAGGAUGAAGUGGCCCAGAACCUGUGCCGGAUUGGCCAGUUCACGGUGCCAUUGGGUGGGCGGCAGUUCCCUCUGAAAGUCUCUCCCUACAUGAGCGGAGAGAUCCAGAAGGCAGAGAUCAGGUCCCAGCUAGUGCCACAGGCAGUGCUGGUGCUCAACAUUCCCGAUGUGCUGGAUGGCCCCGAGCUGCAGGAUGUCCUGCAGGUCCACUUCCAGAAGCCCACCCGUGGGGGAGGGGAGGUGGAGGCCCUGACAGUCGUGCCCCCAGGAGAGCAACGCCUGGCGGUCUUCACCACCGAGUCCAGCUAGGAGCCUACCCUCUCAUCACCAUCCAGCCCUCUGCCAAGGUUCUCAAACUGGGCUGGGGUUGGGUGCAUGUGGAUGAUCAAGAUCAUGCUAGUCAAUGGAGGGCGGGACUCUGAGUUGUGAAACGCUGUCCCAGACAGUAAAAGUGCCUGCCUGGAG